GAGAGAAAGAGGGAGGGACAGAGGAGAGGAGAGAUAGCAGUCAGAGGAGAGAUGUAGUACAGAUUGUGCACCUGACUGAGAGAGGAUACAAGAAAAGGAUACAGUGCAUUUUUUGACCUCAUAUUAGGACUGCCCAAGAUGCAAAGAAAUAAAUGGAAUUGAAAAAGUGACAAGAAGUAAAAGAAGACAAAUUGGAUGAGAGGUAAAAUUCAAUUUUAAGCCAGAUGAAGAAAAAAGAUGAAACGUGUAUACUGAAGUGCUGUUGAGAAAUAUCCAGCCCUUUAUUGAAGAGAGUGCUAAAGAGCCCGAGGGACAGGGUGACAUCCCAAACUGAUGGGCUGCGAAACGUGAUCACAGCAUCGCCAAACUUAACCAUCAGGGUGACAAGAAUGCAUCAUUCCAAACUACAGUAUCCGAACUCUGCUGAACAUGCAGUGGUCUUUAAAUCUGAAACUCGGAGGAAAAUAGUGUGAAUACUGCAGAAGGCAUUGCUAUAGUAGUUCUGAUCUUAAGAAGCAGCAGUCGUCAUUUCAUCCGAACCAGACGCCAGGACACUUUGAACCUCGGACAGCAUAACCUGGAACUGACAGAAAUCUCACCCAGGGGUCCUUAAUUGCCUCGAUCUCCACUCUAUCAGGCGCUCCCUUUAUUGCUUCAUGUGAUGGAUGUUUGAGGAUCAGUCACUAUGCCAGUGAUGAAAGGGCUUCUGGCCCCUCAGAACACCUUUCUUGACACCAUUGCCAAGCGUUUUGAUGGCACACACAGUAACUUCCUGCUGGGCAAUGCGCAGGGGAAUCGAGGCUACCCCAUUGUGUACUGUUCAGAUGGCUUCUGUGACCUUACCGGGUUUUCACGCACCGAGGUGAUGAAGAAGACGUGCACGUGUCACUUCCUGCAUGGACAGGAAACAAGUGAGAGAGUGACCCAACAGGUGGAAAAAACUUUGGAAGGACAGAGAGAGUUCCAGACAGAAGUGCGAUAUUACAGGAAGAAUGGAACCCCAUUCUGGUGUCUGCUGGAUAUCGUGCCUAUUAAAAAUGAAAAAGGAGAAGUGGUUCUUUUUCUCUUGUCCUUUAAAAAUAUCACUGACUCAUAUGGCAAAUCGCGUCCCAGCUCCAACACAGAAGACGAUGGAACUCAAAGCAGGAAGUCCGAUCGAACCCAUCUGAGUCAAGCUCGUGAAACAGGCCGUAGCGUUCUGUACCACCUAACCUGUCAGUUUACCAAUAGAAGUAAAAGGAAACUACCAAAUCAUGUUUUUUCACAGCCGACGCUACCAGAAUACAAGGUGGCUUCGGUUCAGAAGUCCCGUUUCAUCUUGCUUCAUUACAGCGUGUGCAAAGCAUUGUGGGAUUGGUUGAUCCUACUCGCAACAUUCUACGUUGCCGUAACUGUCCCCUACAACGUCUGCUUCUCUGGCCCUGACAACAGUGAACAUGACAACCCAGACUGUAACUCCGCCUCCAGAACCACCCUCGCCAGCGACAUAGCUGUGGAGAUGCUCUUCAUCCUUGACAUCAUCCUGAAUUUUCGAACCACCUACGUUGGGCCCGCAGGUCAGGUGGUUUAUGAUUGCCGCUCCAUCUGUCUGCACUAUUGUACAACCUGGUUCAUCCUGGAUCUCAUCGCUGCAUUGCCAUUUGACCUGCUCUAUUUAUUCAACAUCUCAGUGACCUCCCUCGUCCACCUUCUGAAAACAGUGCGUCUGUUGCGUCUCCUGCGAUUGCUGCAGAAGCUGGAUGGUUAUUCUCAGUACAGCGCUGUGGUUCUUACUUUGCUUAUGUCUGUGUUUGCUCUGCUGGCACACUGGCUGGCCUGCGUUUGGUAUGUCAUCGGGCGCCAAGAGCUUGCCAGCAAUGAUCCCCUAACCUGGGACAUUGGUUGGCUGCAAGAGUUGGGAAAGCGUCUGGAGACUCCUUACACCAAUGGUACAGUUGGUGGGCCGUCGUUACGCAGCGCCUACAUCGCUUCGCUGUACUUCACAUUGAGCAGUCUGACUAGCGUUGGGUUCGGAAACGUCUGUGCCAACACAGACGCUGAGAAGAUCUUCUCCAUCUGCACCAUGCUUAUCGGGGCGCUGAUGCAUGCGGUUGUUUUUGGAAAUGUGACAGCCAUAAUCCAGCGCAUGUACUCUCGCCGUUCUCUCUAUCACACGCGCAUGAAGGAUCUGAAAGACUUCAUCCGUGUGCACCGUCUGCCCCAGCAGCUGAAACAGCGCAUGCUGGAGUAUUUCCAGACCACCUGGUCUGUCAACAAUGGCAUCAACGCCAAUGAGCUUUUACAUGACUUCCCAGACGAGCUCCGCGCAGAUAUCGCCAUGCAUCUGAACAAAGAUAUUCUGCAGCUUCCACUCUUCUCCUCAGCCAGUAGGGGGUGUCUGCGUUCCCUAUCUUUGCACAUUAAGACCUCGUUCUGUGCGCCCGGCGAGUAUCUUAUUCGCCAUGGAGAUGCCCUGCAUGCUCAACACUUCGUCUGCUCGGGGUCUCUGGAGGUGCUGAAGGACGGCAUGGUGCUCGCUAUACUGGGUAAAGGAGAUCUCAUUGGUGCAGACCUGCCUGGGAAAGAUCAGGUGAUCAAAGCUAAUGCAGAUGUGAAGGCUCUGACCUACUGUGACCUACAGUACAUCAGUGUAAGAGCUCUUCAGGAGGUUCUUGAACUCUACCCAGAAUACAGCAGCCGUUUCAAUGAAGAUAUACACCACAACCUCACCUACAACCUUAGAGAGGGCCAGGCCAGAUUCACUCGCUCAGCCCGUCUCCCACAGGAACGCUUUGACGAUUCAAAAGUGCCGUUCAUUGUUGAAGACCAAGAAGAGGAACCUGGACAGGAUCUGGGCAGAAAACCUCUGCUCUCUGGGUUGGGUGGUCCUUCAUCACAGUCUAAUCUGAGUGCCAUGUUGGGCGAAGAGUUUCGACACCUCGGCAUGCUUCGUCUCUGCAAAUCCCCCAUUCAAAGCUCCCGGGUACAAAGCCCCUCCCAACAGAUGGCACUCAAUGAGGACCUGUCUCUUGGUACUGUGUCUGCCCCUAGAAUAGAAAAGAGCACAUGCCAUAGGCCAGCCAAACUUCUCAUCCCUGCCCUGAACUGUGUCAGCCCACUGGACCUGAGCCCCAGGGUUGUUGACGGCAUCGAAGACAACGAACAUGCAUUUCACUUCAACGUCGAGCAUAGCGAACUGUCUCCUAACACAGACGUCAAAGACCCAUUUCAGGUGGGCGCGAACCUGUUGCUUGAGACAGAGGAAGUCAGGCAGAGUCUCCGUCAACUCAAUGCAGAGAUGAACCACCUGAACCAGGAGGUGUCUUCACUGACCAAGGAACUUCAUGAAAUGAUGCAGUUCCUACAUAACCACGUGACUCCAUCUCACUUCACUUCCUCUUUCACGCCCUUCAGCUCUUUUAACUGUCACACGUCAUCCAGCUGCACAAAUGUGGGGUCGUCCACCGCUGAUUGGUCCUCUCGGCUGAGCUAUAGCACGUCUGCUGGUGCAUGUUUACAACCGGAGACCUCCAUAAGAGAUUCUUUAGGAUCCAGCCACAUGUGCAUUUGCGGUGGAAGCCAUGCCCAGGAAAGAGGCUCUGUGUUGGGACAGGAAUUGGAUACAGAAUUCCUCCAUCAAGCAUCCAACACUCACUCAACCUACUCCCAUUUUUCUUGCUGCCCUGACCAGGAAAGGGUUGCUACCUUGGGUGUAGAGAGUCAGUCGAUACCUUGUCAGACUUCUAAGACCACACCCAACUCACCUUAUCUAAGACAUCAGACUAUCCAUACUGGUGAGUCUCUCCUGGGCUUGGCUUCAGCUUUUCCUGACGGUGGAUUGGUUCCUCAGGUUAGAAGUGGAGGUUCAACUAUCACCCCUAGCAACACAUUGCCUCUCUGUACCUAUAGCAUCCAGAGUCAAUCUCAUCCUUCCCUGAGCAUACAGCUGACCUCUGAUAUAACUUGCCAGCAUUCCAGGGCUUCCACUCCGAUACAUUCAUCCGUUACACCAAUCGGCCCAUCACAGCCUCUCACAGCUGUCAGUUCACUAACGCAUGCUGGGAUUUGUAGUACAAACUUGCUGCUUUGUCCCACAGGCCCCAGACAGAAUGAUCUGGUGGGGUCAAGUCCUAUUCAUGCACAUGACAACAUCUUAUUGUCAAGUGAAGAAAGGGAAAAACCUGGACCUGCUGAGGAGUGACUUGGCUAUUGGAAUCUUGAGGAUGUAAGGCUAAGAAAUUAGGGAAAGGAGCUCAAAAGUGCUGGAAACAGGAGUGAUGCAUGUAUGAGCUAGUUUAUGUCUUCUUCUACUGCAUGGUUACUGCCUUCAUUAAGGUUAAAUGCAGUGCAUCAUGGGAUCCGUGUUUUGGGUACUUCUAAGUGUGUCUGACAUGUUUUCUUGUAAAUGCACAUUUUUUAUCAGGCUCUUAUGUUUAGGUUCAGUAAUUUCACUUUAAAGGCAAUGAAGAGGUUUUAGUUGUCAAAUGUCACUUUAGUUAUUUCAUUGGUGUUUAACUAAUCCGACUUUCUUUCGCGGCAAAACCCUCUAAGUGCAUGCAAAACUCUCCACACACAAAUUUUCACUGUCCUUUCUUGAAUUAAGGUAAAAUGAUCAUAUAUUCAGUAAAUAUCCUACACUCUAAAAAUGCUGGGCUAUUUUCUGUGUUUCUGGGUAUUUUUUAUAUGAUGGGUUGUUAUUUAACCCAUGCUGGAUUUUUAUUUAACCCAAAAUGCUGGUUGUUUUAAUCUAUUUUUGGAUUAAAUAUUGAAAAAAGUAAUGGGGUUAAUUUCAACCCAGUUGCUGGGCUCGUAGCUUUUUGACGCAUUUUUUAAACUGUAUUAUAUUCAGUAAACCUCCUAAACCGGGUAAAAGAACCUUUUGCACCAUGACAUAUGCGCGCCAUCGUUCAUAAUGUUAAUGUUUCUUCUGUGCACUUAGAGGACUUUGCAGGAAAAUCGGAUUUGGGGUUUAAAGGGAUAGUUCACACAAAAAGGAAAAUUACUCACGCUUAUGUUGUUACAAACCUGUAUACAUUUCUGUUCUGAUGACCACAAAGGAAGAUAUUUUGAGGAAUUUUUGUAACUAAACCAUUCAUGAGCCCCAUUUACUUCCAUAGUAUUCUUUCUCCUAUUAUGGAAGGGAAUGGGGUUGCAAGGCUUCCUUCGUGUUCACCAAAACAAAGAAAUUAUGCAGGUUUGUAACAACAUGAGUGUGAAAUUUUCAUUUUUGGGUGAACAAUCUCAUUAUUAGAUUCUACCAUUUCUUUAUAGGCUGAGGGAUUAAGAGAAUUUAAAGUGAAAGUAUUUGAUAAUACAUGCCGUGCGCAUUCGUCAAUGUCAUUAUCUUAUUUUUGGUGGUGGCGUUUAGUCACUUUUGCAUGUCAGCUCUUUGUAUAUUGUAUUGACAAAAACUUUACACUCCCUGAUAAUGCCAGUUCCAGCGGUUUGCCGCUGUGGCUUCUGAUUUUUGCCCACGACCCUUGUUAAAAGAUAAAUCAGUACUUCACAGUUACAGUGGAAAUUGUCCGCCAUGAGUCAUCAGCCUUGUUUUGUAUUUAGGUUAAGUGUGAAAUCUGUUCCCACUGUUAGUUUUUAUGUUGCUCCACAGAGCAUGGUUUUACAUUGGCAAUUUCAUUGUGUAGGUUUUGUACGCUGUCCCUCAGGACUGACUCAUGCAUCACAAAGUGCCAGAUUAUUCAGUCUCUGCUCUCACGCUGCAUUUCUUCAGAGCCUGAUUUUAAAACUCUUAAGUUUUUACAACUUGAUACUUGAUGAAUGUCCUUCUGUUAUUAUUAAUUCUAUUACUCAGACAUUUCAAAGUGUGUUACUUUUACUAAACUUACAAAAAGCAUGUAUAAAACAAUAUAAUAACAAUGAUAUAGAUUUAUUUUGUUGCUGAGCAUCUGAUUUUUGUCUGAUAUUUUGGGAAAAAGAAAUUUUGUUUUAUGCACCAUAUUUAUUCAUAUAUCUUUCUCUAUUAUGUCCGUUCUAAGGACUUGCAAAAUGGGCCUCUUUUAUACUGUUGAAUAAAUCUUAAAUUAAAAGCCUUGCAACUGUAAAAAAAAUUGCCUGUUAAAAAUGUAAUCUUCACAGAAUAAAUCAUAAAGUUGUUUGCCAAUCAUUGCUUUUUUAAUGGAGUUGAUUUGAUUGGCCAAUUACACAAUAAUAAGGCUGUCUGGCCCUAAA